UGGGCGGCGGGCCGCGCCGGGCCAGGCCGCACCGCACCGUACCGUAGCCUCUCGCCUUGCUCCGUCCCGCCUCGCUAGAGCUCAGCCCAGCCCGCCAUGAGCUGCCGGCAGCCGCUGCCGAGCGAGCGGGGAGCGAGACAGAGGAAGAGAAGACGGAAUGGCAAUGAAGAUGACAGUCAUGUUCCCCAGACAAAACGUAGUACCAGGAAUACUGUCCUUCAGGACUCUUGGGACACUGAGUCCAAAUGCGUAACAGAAUGUGCACCACAGCCUGGGGAAAUGAAGGUGGCUGUAAUGAAAAACAGUAAGGAACGCAGACUAAAAGGAAACAAAGUGUCCUGUGCGUCCUCCAGCAGCGAUAGCGGCAGCAGCAGCAGCAGCUGUAGUAGCAGUAGCAUCAACAGCCCUGACAGAGCGUGCGGUGCAGAAACCAGCCUAAACCCGAUAAUUGCAGGAUCCAGUCCUGUCUCUUCUCAGUCCUUCCACGAGCAGUCUGCACUAAGCCAAGGUCCUUACUUCCACAUCAACCAGAUCCUGAAGGAGGCACACUUUCACAGCUUACAGAGCCGGGGACGCCUUCCUACAUGAUGAACCAGCAGUUCCCUGCCUUCUGUGAAGGGACAGCACUGUGUAGAUUUGAUAUUUCAACUUAAAAGUUUGUUAAAAUGGAAUUGCACAAAAUGCCUGUUUGCCUUUUCAGUCUAUAUUUGAAAUAACAGGUUAACAGGAAAUUGUUUACUUGUGGUUUGCUGCACUAUUGCAAUGCAAAAGGGGCUUUGAAGCAAUUUUUAUAGGAUUCUUUUUGGGGUGGUUAUAAGUACGUGUCAAGAGGAGACUGAGGAAUCCACAUCUGUGUUAUAGGAUUGCAAAAUGUCCAAUUCCAAUCGACUGCCUAAUCUGUUUGUUAGCAAUUUGUUGCUUUAUGUAAAGUUCUCUCAAACGUUCAUCUUCAGUUUUAUAAGUCUUUUUUAAUUUCAAUAAACUAGUAAAAAAUUU